CUUCCGGACACGUUUACCCUCAGAGAUAACAGCUGGACGGACAGACGGGGUCUACACUCCGCUGUAAAUAUUGGGGAUCCUUUGGACCACUCCCCCUGUUACUGAGCAGUACUCCUGGCUGCAGCUGAUCCACGAUGGCCACGUCUCCUGUCAAACACUUCCUGGUUACCUAUUUAAUGCCAGAAAAAUGUUAUGAGGAGAUUUGCGUCAACUUUCACUUGCACGUGCCUUGCCUAAAGUUUGUGCUGAACAGAACUGUCGGAGUUUGGAUCAUUCUGGACACUUUCUUGUCACAGCUACCUCAGCUGUUGAAGAUACUGUGGAGAGGAAGUGCAGUUGGCCUGAGUCUGACUUCCGCUCUGCUGCAGCUUUAUGCCCUCUCAUGUCCUGUUGUGUACGCAAUGGCCAACAACUUCCCUCUCUUUGCUUGGGGUGAGAGGCUCUUCACGUUGGCCCAGACAGCAGCGAUUGUCUUCCUAAUCCUGCAUUAUCGUGGUGAUUCUCUCAAAGGGAUGUUGUUCCUCUUGGCCUACGGUGGUGUGAUGUUCCUUCUGGGCUCCUAUGCAGCUGCAGGAGUCGGCUCAGUGAUGCAGUCCACAAGUUUGGCAGCUUUAAUAGCAAGCAAGGGUCUCCAGGCUGGAACUAACUACUGCAAUGGUUGCACAGGGCAACUGUCCACUCUGUCUGUGUUACUAUCAUGGAUAGGGUCUCUGGGUGUCUGGUUUGUGUCUCUACAGGAGACGGGAUGCUCAUUUGCUGCUCUGUCACACAUACUGUCAGUCUGUUUCAGCGGUGUCCUCCUGGCCCAAGUCUUCUGCUACAGGAGCAGCACCACCACCACUAAAAAGGAAGACUGAUUCUGUGCCAGAUGUUGGCAUAUCAAUAACUGCGCGGUGCAGAAGUAGCAGUAAAUGUUUACCGGGUAUUUUCAUACAAAUAUAUCUGUGCUGCAGAGUCAUGUGCUCUGUGUCUGUGUAAAUGAAAACUCUUAUUGUCUUAAAUUUGGUAUCUGCAGUUAGUUUCCCAUUAUUGUAGGAAAAUAUGUUGUCGCCCCCUAGUGAGUUAAAUAAAAACUACACACCUGGGUAAUAUUUUUUAAUAGCAUCUGCAGGUGACCUUCAAAAUAAACUUUGCGUUUUUAGGUGUAUUUAAAGUCACCUGGUGGCUAGUUUGUCAUACCAUUUUGAAAUUUUUGGUUCACUAAACUGCUUUCAAGUACAAGUACACACUGAUCAUUUAAAUCUAGUUACAGGAACAGUAAGGAGUCAUUUCUAAUACACAUUCGUGGUUUUAAACUGGGGAAGAAGUGCAAUCACGCGGCAGACACGAGUGAGCACAUAGGCUUUUCCCCGAUUAGUUCCUCCUCUGUGUCCUCUGCAGAUGAUUCAUGUCAGGGCAGAUUUACUGUUGACACUGCUGACUGGGAAAAUGUUCAUUUAAUAAUAAUAAUGGUAAUUCCAUUUAGACUAAUUGUGUGGUAACCUCUGUUUUUUUCUAUUUGACAUCACAUACUGAUUCAUUAUUUCUCUUAUAUCCCUUUAAAGAUAUUUGUGACUACAUUUUGUUAAAAAAAAACCUGUUGCUGUCCAUGUUUUUUAUUUUAUUUUUAUAUUUUUAUUCAUUGAGGCUCACUGAGCAUGACCUGCCCAAUGGCUCGUUUCCUACUUGCACAGAAAUUUACACACAAACAUUUACACCUGGGAGCUGCCCAUUGCUGCACUGGAGCAGCUGGAGUGAAGGGAUAGGGCUGGAGGUUGUUUUUUUUUUUUUUAGAGAUGAUUGUUAGUCAGUCAUUUCUCUGUUCUGUCAGUCUGAGAGAUUGAACGCCAUCAACCUUGAAGUCACAAAAAGGGCAGUAGAGUACUAUGGAAGCUACAGUAAAUCAUGUCAAAGACGAUGAAUAAAAUAAGAUUUUUUUUACGUACAUGUUAGAAUUGGAAAAUACUAAAACCAUUAAUGUUUAAUUUCUUCCUAAGGACCAGUUUUGUGUGUAAGAACGCGACUGGCUUCUGAGCUUCAAGCCAGCCACCGUGGACAAAAUGUCCAGUGUUCCUCCGUAACACUCCACAAAUUGACAGGAGCUCUUGUCAAAACACACUGAAGUCCCAAUGGCAGCACAUGUAAUACCAGUGACUGCUCACCAGCUACAAUACUUUUUUUAGGUGUUACUUUUCAACAUGCUGUGUUAUACGCUCAUAUUUUAUGAGCUGUACUGUGGACUGAAUUUAAUGAUACUGUGAUCAUUGUCUCUGUACAGUCAGUAAUAAAAAACAAUGUUGCAACAGAAUAGUCAUUUGUGAAAACAUGUAGAGUUAACAGAGCUGUCGCCUUCAGUCACCUUUGUGUCAGGCGCAUUCAAACGUUAUCUGUGUGUACAUAAAAUACAUUUCCCUCUGGGUGUCAUGUCACAA